GAUACCUUUUCACCGUUGCCGUAAAGCAGCGUUUACGACAGUUCGGAAGCGGUGCCGCUUCUCCGUUAUUCGCGGGCGUUUGGGGCCAAUAUGGCGGCGGGGGAAGUCCGCUCCGUUUUGUUCGUGUGCCUGGGGAACAUUUGCCGAUCUCCCAUAGCAGAGGCUGUCUUUAGAAAACUUGUAGCUGACGAGAACAUUGAAAAGCAGUGGAUGAUAGACAGCGGUGCUGUUUCUGACUGGAAUGUGGGACGCUCCCCUGAUGCAAGGGCUUUAAGCUGUCUAAGAAAUCAUGGCAUUGAGGCAACCCAUAAAGCACGACAGGUUACAAAAGAUGAUUUCCUGACAUUUGAUUAUAUGCUUUGUAUGGAUGAAAGCAAUCUGCGAGAUCUGAAAAGAAAAGGCAAUCAGAUUAAGAACUGCAAAUCUCAGAUUGAACUCCUUGGAAGUUAUGAUCCACAAAAACAGCUCAUUAUUGAGGAUCCAUACUAUGGGAAUGAUGAAGAUUUUGAAACAGUUUAUCAGCAGUGUCUUAGAUGUUGUAAAGCAUUCUUGGAAAAAAACCAUUAACAUGGCUGAUAGUUUCUAAAAGUAAAUAAUGUUUAGCCAUUCUGCAAAGGUAUUAAUUUAAAAUAUCAACCGACAUUAAAUUGUAAUAUUUUGCCUCUUAAAUAGAUUGCAUUUGAACCUUUUUGAUUUGAGUUUUGUACUGCAACUACUAUCUGUGUGCUUCUUGGGAAUUUUUUACAACUGGGUUGUUGUAUGUUUUCCGGUGUAUGGCCGUGUUCUAGAAGUAUUCUCUCCUGAUGUUUCGCCCACAUCUAUGGCAGGCAUCCUCAGAGGUUGUGAGGAUGCCUGCCAUAGAUGUGGGCAAAACGUCAGGAGAGAAUACUUCUAGAACAUGGCCAUACAGCCUGGAAAACAUACAACAACCCUGUGAUCCCGGCCAUGAAAGCCUUCGACAACACAUUGAAUAUCAACUGUGUCUACAAGGAAACACAUAAGGAAAAGAACAUGUCCAAUGCUAUGUGGAUGAUUCCUGGUAUACAUGUCCCAUAUAUUACGUACUGUGUAUAUCUUCUAAAUACAGUACACUCAUGACUGUUUAUUAUCUUUCUUAAAACUACUUACACUUUGACCUUCCAUAAAAACCUGUUCAUGAGGUUUUUGAUGUUUUGUCAGAUAAAUGUUAAAGAUGACAUUUUUAUCACAUUUCUGUUCAGGGUAUCACACAAAAGUGAAGUAGGAAGACAGACUAGUGCAUAAAUAAUUAUGGAUUAUUAUUUCCAACCCUAUAAAGUAGUUGAAAUAUGUGAAUUUGACCUUGCUACAAGAUGCUCAAAAUUCAUUUUUAUACUAGAUUUUUUAAAAACCUAUCUACUGAUUGAUAAGUUGAUGAUUAGAAGAAGAUAGGUGCUACCUUGAGAAAUAAUCACUGCUCUGAUGAGGUCUUUGGCCCUUUUCAGAGUUAAUAAAAUCAAGAAAAAAAUCAUACCAAUUGCUCCAUAACCACAAUCUUCCCUCCAUAACCACAAAUUCAACUAUCCAAAGCUUGAAAAUAUUUUCAAAAAUGCAAAAAGCAAAUCUUGAUGUUGUUCUAUAUAAGGGACAUCAUUUUGGCAUUGUAUAUAAUGGGAGUUGAGCAUCCACUGAUUUUGGCAUUGAUGGGGUUCCUGGAGCUAGUCCCAAGUGGACACUGAGGACCCAUUGUACAAACUGCAUAGUUAUAAUUACAGCAUCACAAAUUUUUUAUUGUUUUCGUUUUAACAUAAGUCUAUACAUGGUUUGCUGGAAAAAAAUACCUGAAAUAUUACAGUGAUGAGUUAAAUGGCUGGUUAUUCCAAUGAAAACUGUAAUCUUGGACAGCAUAGGAAUCUUGCCUCUUCCCUUAUUUACAGAAACAUCUUUUUGCUUAAUUCAUAUUUUUCAGGUAAACAUUUCGAAAGACAACUGCAUAUUAGCUACCUCUGUUUUACUUGGUGUUUUCCCCUACAUCAUUUUCCUUGAUAUUUUCAUGCAGAAAUUUUGCCUCUGCCAUGCUUUUGUUUCCAUCCCUAUCAAAUUAAUUAUCCUUAUUGCCACGUUUCCAAGAAGUACAGUAUGCCAGUUAUUGAUGAUCUUCAGAGGUUGCUUCCUAAUCUGCUUGUAAGAAGUUUUAAUGUUCUUUUCCAGUUGUCUUUCUUUUACUCAGGACUAUGUCCCUUCUGUACAAUUCCUAAUGUUUCUGUGAGCUAUGAGGAGUGCAGGAAUAGCCUUUCUACAUUAUGCCAUGCUAUUUCCCCUCAGUAAUUUAAUCUGGCACAUUAGAUGGAACAAGAUUUUGAUGAGAAAAGAAGUCCUUGAUCUUACUUAAAGUGUUCGAGCUUGAUGAUUGGUUACAGCUUGAAAUCCCCCCAACUUGGCAUCUCUGUCUUUAUACCAAAUACACUUCCUUCAGUAGCAAUCACUCACUGCUUUGUAAAUAGGCAGCGAAUGGACUUUGUGAUUAUUUUCAGUCUGGGUAGCAUAAUACAGCUUGAUUGGCAGCUCUCUACAAAAAUGUCUGUUAAGAUCUGUGUGUUCUAUAUUAACAAAAGUAUUUUGCCAAUGCAAAAAUAAGAGAUGGUUGUAAUUCCUUUGGUUAGGGGUAGUAGCAACCACUGUGUAAGAGAAUUCCUCAUUUUAUGUACAAAGUAGGGCACUUCCUCCCCAUCUCUUAGUUGUUGCUCCUCAAACUCCAGAUGUUAUCUUCCAUAAAAGGAGUGGGGCUCUCACUUCUUAGCAGCAUUACUGUAAUUCCUUUGAAGCCCAUAGAUUGCUGUGCUGCCAUAUGUCUGAGUAUGGAUUAGUACGCUAGAGAAGAAAUGGCAUAAUAAUGGUACCUAAUAGUACUAUAAUUGUAAAUCCAUUUAUUAGAUCCAGUUGGAUUAGAUCCAUUGAAUCAGUGUACAUUCUGUACAUUCAUUGAGUCUAACCUGGGACUUAGAAUUAGAGUUAAGCUAUUUUCCACCAAAGUUAAGGUAUUACUAAACUCUCAGAAGCAGAAAUACUAUUUGAAAUGAAGGUCAUAUAUGUUGAAGCAAAGAUUCUUGACAUGUUUUGGUCACAUACUCCUGUGGGAGUUUAAUGAAAGCUGUGGACUCUGUCCAGAAAAAUGCAAGUUAACACAAUUUUCAAAGUGAAAGGAAGCAAAUUGGGUUGCCUGUCAUUGACAGACCCCUUGAAACUCAUCCAUGGAGCCUUCUAGGAAUCAUGGACCCCAAGUUAGAGGUCUACCUUGUUAUUGUGAAAUCCAUCAACACUUGCAUCUAGAGGCUGUUAUUCAAUGGCUAGAAAAUAUUGUGUUAUAUACAGAGGACCCAGGUUCAAUCUCUGGCAUUUUCGGCUAGGGCUAUAGAGGUUUUUUGCUUUGGAGGCUGGAGGACUAUUUCCUGUCAGUUGCCUCUAUCAAGGCAGGAAAAAUCUCUGUAACUAUUAGUUUUACUUUUGAAUUCUCAUUGAUAUUUUUAUAUUGCCAUGGAUUCUUUUAAUAACAUGUUGUACUAAGGUCCUGCUGAAACAUGCCUUAUUACAUUUGAAUAAAAUUGUCAAAUUUUAUUUCCAUAAAGUUCAUAGCUAUCAGUAAUUAACUUCCAGGCCUGUGAUUUAACAAGUCAAGAUCAAAUAAAACAGUAAAAAAUUAGCUUCAGUA